AUAAAAGUAUUGGAAAAGUAUACUUUCGCAUUACUCAUUUUAAAAUGAUAACAAUUUGAGUUGAAUCUACAUAUGUAAAUAACCACUCUGAACGACACAAGUAUCUUAUACAUGUAUAUAUGGACCUACUUUUUUAAUGAUGAUAACUUUCGUUGAAGAACGACAGCAUAGAAAAAGAUGGUGAGCGUUCGUUUAAGGUCCGGUGAAAGUGUGGUAUUCCUAGCGAUUGUGUGCUUCUUACAGAUUGAAAAUGUCUUUUCUUCACCAGGCUCGACUCUAAACAUCAAGAAUAUUUUUAUAGGAAGGUGCUUUGAAUAUGAGGAACUUACAAAAGGAACAUUAAUCGAACCAGUAAAAGUAAACUGCACACAAUUAUGGACACUAUUUUCGAGAGCAUGGACCUACAAAGAUCCGCAGUCAAUUGUUUUAUCCGACUAUGAGACAUUUUUAGAGGCCGCCAAACAAACCAACCUUCCCGAAGAUAAGAUAUUGCUCUGGUCCGGUACCUAUGGUAUUGCUCAUGAAUAUUCAAAUCAAAGAAAGCGUUACGUCACACUAGAAGACUCGUUGAUUGGUUAUUUAGUGAAUGGACUCACGUGGUGUGGGAUGGUUUGUACGGAAUGUGACGGGAUAAAUUAUGAACAGUGUCCGGACGGUCCCGACUUGCCGAGAGAGGCACACCAAGCAUUUUGGGGCGGUGCUUCAAGAACGUUCGCAAAAUCAGCGUCCGGAGUGGUGAGAUUAAUCUUAACAGGGACAAAUAAAGACCGCCCUGCGUACAACAGUGAAAGUUUCUUCGGCCAGUUUGAGCUGCCUUCGUUUGAUACAGAGGUCAAGCUGCAGGUCAUACUUGUGAACUUCCUAGACAAAAUACCACUGGAACACUGUGACACGGGCUCUCUGGUGAAGCUUCGAGAGGACGUCGAAACGAGAGGACUAUCUUACAGCUGUACCGAGAACCCAUUGGACAUUUUACAUUUGAUGUGUGUCGGAGAUCCGUCUGCUACAAAAUGUGAACUAGGCAGACUUCUAGAAGCUGGAAAAUCAAAAUCUGAUUUGUCUGAUAUUCUAUCCGGUCGCUUGCAACAAAGAACCAAAAUAACAUCAGUUUCAUAGUACAUGAUCCAAAGUUAUAUAGAAAAAAGUAACCUCAGAAGUAUUAUGUAUGGUGCAGUAUGGGUGUAAUACUGCACAUUUGUAACGUCAAUUUAUAUUGGUUAAUUUUGAUGUUUAUAUGCUGCUGUCAAUUAAUAAAGAAAUUUCAUUUUUUCUA